GUAUAGUCCCGUUUGCUUUCAUUGUCAGCCAGUUGAGUUUCAAUUUCACUAUUGUUAUUUCAAAUAAACUGUAAACUGCUUGUUACAACAGAUUCCAAAUCGAAACAAGGAUAAAAUCAAGGCGCAGACGGAAGACAUUCAGGCAUUAAACUUUAAAUCUGCCAGCUGUCAAGACAGACCAUGGCGUUUCAGAUGUCAAAACUUGCUGCUCGUGUUUGGCUCUCCAGAAGCGUUGGGUUCACAUCCAGCGCUGGGAACAGAUGUCCGACUCCUCUCGAUUUGAUCAGCAGACUUGCACAUCGCUCCUUUCAUGCGCUCAAAGCGCUGCCCUCCCAGGGGCUCUUACGUAAAGCAGACAUGUGGGAGAAGGUUUCCACGGCCUCAAAGUCACUUCACAGGCGGAGUGGAGGGGCUGUUAAGCAGCACCGCAUCACCGGGGUUGUAGUGGGCGCCGUGGGGGUCUCUGCCGCCGCGGCGCUGGCCUCUCUGAGCACGAGCACGCUGCACGCCAUGAGCGCGCGGCCCGAGCUGAACCUGGAUUCAGAGAGCAGCGACUGGACAGAGGCGAAGAAAAAGCUUUGCUCCAUGGAUAAGGAGAAGAGGAGGGAAACGUACAGGGUUGAUUUCAUUCCUCUGGAGCAGAUUCCUGUCUGGAGUACAUCAGGUGACUCCUCUUGUAAGCCUCGGUACAAAGUCAACGAAGAGCUGAAUAAGAAAAUAUCCCUCUUCAGUGGUGACAUCACGAAACUGGAGAUCGACGCAGUCACCAACGCAGUGGAUGGUGCCAUUCAUCGUGGGUCUGGUCCUCUGUUGAGGAAGGAAUGUGCCACUUUGAACGGCUGUGAAACGGGGGAAGCCAAGAUCACUGGAGCCUACGGUCUGCCUGCAAAAUAUGUUAUUCACACCGUGGGGCCGAUAGUCCAUGAUUCAGUGGGGGACAGAGAGGAACAAGCACUGAGAAACUGUUAUUAUAACUGUCUGCACACAGCAACUAAGAACCACCUGCGGACUGUGGCUUUUCCUUGCAUCUCUACUGGAGUGUAUGGAUAUCCACCUGAUCAAGCAGUCGAAGUUGCCCUGAGAACAGUGAGAGAAUACCUGGAGCAAAAUCACGAGAAGCUGGACCGGGUCAUCUUCUGUGUGUUUCUGAAGUCUGACAAAGAACUCUACGAAACAAUGUUGCCUGCAUACUUCCCACGAGGUUCACCACCAAAGAGCAAAUUAUGAGAGGAUGGCAUAGUUGCUGUGGAAACACCACACAAACUGCUUUUCCGUCACACCUGAUGCAGCCCCUACAAACAGCAACAACAGCUGCCUGACACCACCUGAUUUAUAUAUCACCAAACCAGCGCUACAUGGAAUUCAAUGAUUGCUAUCAGAUUCCUGUUGGGAGUCAUAUUGCUAUUGGAUUUGUGUUAAUAUUAAUAACAGUGUGGGCUUACAAGUGGUAGUUCACCCAACAAUGAAACAUUUACUCAUCUGCAUAGAAUCAUACACAAAAAUACUGCUUUAUAACAAAUUUCUUUUUUUUUUAAAGUUAUGUCUCAAGUUCGGUGUCUUUCAGAUCUGUUUUCUGUUUACUCUUGUUAUUUCUCCUUCCAGAAACAAUUUCCUGCAAUUAUACGAUUUGAGCUGCAUUAGUAUUCCUACGUGAAUAUUGUUUAUAGAGCUGAAUAAAAAUUGAAUUAAGGCAAUCAAAGGAAGCAAAAGAGUAUGUCAGUGGUUGUAACACUUAACCUAUAAUGAAAGUGCACUAUUUGUACUACUUCAAUGUACUUUCCGUCUUCCAGUAUGAUAAAAGACCCUCAUUAAAGUCAGCUCCCCUCUCUGAACUAAUGGCUGGGGCCACUCUUAAUGCAACUUUCAUUAAUUACACCGUAAGCCUUCAAGUUAAUAGUAUAAUGUCAGCAAAUGGAUUUAGAGCAGAUGAAAUAUUCUGAAAUAUUGAUGCAGAUUGAUUUUGUCAAAUUCCUCGAGAAGAACUCCUAAUUGUUUCGCGACAAUUUAUUUUUUUCCCCACUCGUAUCGUUCCGAUUCGAGCAUCUCUCAUAGCGCUUUCCAAAAAAAGAUGAGUCUUCUUUCAUCUCAACAUGCUGCUAUAUCUGUGAAAGAAAGAAGAGUGUGAGUGAGGCAGAUGAAAAAGAGAGGGAGAGAUGAGUUUAAUAAACUCAUCUGAAGCAAUUUUCAUUUUUUAAUAAGCGACAGGCAGCUCAGAUACUGUCAUCAGGCGAGCUUCUCCAAAUAAUGAGAGUGGAGGAGAAAAAGAGAGCGUGAGAGAGAGGGAGGAAGAGCUCAGCAGAGUAAUUAUCCUAAAUCCAGACUUCAUCACCGUCCCAUCAGCACUUCUCUCUUCCUUUCCUCCCUCUUGCAAUCCAGCUCUGUGUCCCUCUCUCUCUAGCCCUCUUAGUAAAGUGUUAUUUAAUUUGCUGUAUUGGCACAGUGAAAGCAGCCAGUGUGCGGCUGCUGCUGAAAUAGUAACCCUUCAGUGACGAUUACACUGGAGUGCAUCCUAUACGCCAGCAGCAGAAGCACGGCAAGAUGAGAGCUCCUCUUCUCUUUUUUGCUGCUCUCUCGCCUUAUCUCUCUCUCCCAUGCCCUCGUGCGCUCGUUUUCCAUGAUCCUAUCGUGUCUCUCUCUGGUUCCCUCCAGCUGUGUUCCCUGUGUAUCGUCAGACUCAUAACCCCAGAUUCUGCCAGUCAAACGGAGCUCGCUAUCACUCGCGGCCCUGCCAUUUCAUCCUGGUGUUCUGUCGCAGUUUAUAGUCACUUCAAUCUGGUUUAAUCUUGUGGGUGCAGCCAGAAGUGUCAUGGGGCUUUUUGAGCCAAGUGGAUUUGAAUGUGACUUCCCAAAUAAUUAUUUUUAUCUUUGAUUAUUAAGUUCCAAGGUAAAAAAGCGCAUGUCUCUACAUUUUGGUCUAACCAAGUUGCAGUUGCUUAGCAUUUUAUCCACCCUCAUGUCGCUCCAAAUGCACAGGAUUUUUUUCUUCCAUUGUUGAACACAAAAGGCGAUCAUUAAAAUGUCAACGCUAAUGCUUUCCAUACAACAAGAAGUUGCACUUUUG